AUGGAUGAUAUGCCUGUUGAUGGAUCUUUGGAGGAUGUAGCAACAUCGGAUGUUAAUAUGGAAGGAAGAGAAAACAAUGCCUCAUCGUGUCAUCCUCAAUCCUCGCGACAUCCUUUUCGAGCAAGAUAUAAUAUUGCUCGAAAUUUCAAAAAUAACAUGGUGAUGGCAAAAUCUCGGUUGCCUAAUCCAACUACCUGUAGACGUUGCAACGCAAGACUGUUUCACCACGAAUCACGUGACACAUGUUGUUCUGGUGGGAAGGUAUCGUUUCCAAGGGUUGAUGCUCCUACAGAAUUGCAAGAACUAUUUUUGGAUGGUUCAGCAGAAGGAAAACAUUUUAGGCAGCAUAUUCGAAGUUACAACCAUGUCUUCUCUUUCACUUCGAUUGGUGUUCACGUCGAUGAAUCUAUUCUUGCAUCUGGUCGUGGUAUAUAUACAUUUCGUGCUCAAGGAGCUUUUAUAAUUUUUAGGUGA